UAGGAGCGCUGAGCCGGGAGCUGGGAGCCGAGCGCCGGGCUGGGGCCGGGGCCGGAGCGGAGCGGAGAGGGAGCGCGCCCGCCCCAGCCCCGAGUCCUGUCGCCUUCCAGCCCGCAGCCUGCGGCCGCCGCCCCAACCAUGGAGCCAGACAACAGCCCCCGGAAGAUCCAGUUCACCGUCCCGCUGCUGGAGCCGCACCUUGACCCCGAGGCGGCGGAGCAGAUUCGGAGGCGACGCCCCACCCCUGCCACCCUCGUGCUGACCAGUGACCAGUCAUCCCCAGAGAUAGAUGAAGACCGGAUCCCCAACCCACUUCUCAAGUCCACUUUAUCAAUGUCUCCACGGCAACGGAAGAAGAUGACAAGGACCACACCCACAAUGAAAGAGCUCCAGAUGAUGGUUGAACAUCACCUAGGGCAACAACAACAAGAAGAGCCUGAGGGAGCUGCCAAGAGCACAGGGACCCAAGAGUCCUGCCCACCUGGGAUCACGGACACAGAAGCGGAGUCAAGGCUGGGCACCUCAGGGACAGCACAGAAACCUGCAGAAUCCAUGCCUAAAACUCAGGAGCGGGCCAGUGGGGAACCCAGCACAGAGGAACUCUCAACCCAUAUACCACCACUGGAUUCGCAGGGCGCCAACUCGGUCUGAGAGAAGGCGGUGUCCUGGAAUCAAGACUACACUUUGGGAAUGCAUGGACACUGGAUUUGUUUCUUAUUUCUUCACUUUUGGGGAAAAUCUCUUGUUUUUAAAAAGUGAUAAAUUUGGUGUUAGGUC